AUGGAUGGGGUGGUGGCGGCCGCCGAGAAAUGGGCAACAAUAUAUUCGUGGAGCCUUCUGAAAGAUCAAGGUGUGGAGAUUGCAACUUGGAGGGACACAACACUAGAGGUUGCAGCAGCCAGCAAUCUAGAAAACGAUCAAAGAGGAACGCGGCAAGCACAAGCCAACAUGGUGGCAGCCAACAAGGUACUGCCUAGCAAGCUCCAAGCCAACUUGGUGGCAGCCAACAAGGAAGUACACGAGAUGGUUGUAGCCAACAAGGUCCUAGCCAAGGAGUUAGCCAACACGGAUGUACACGAGAUGGUUCUAGCCAACAAGGUCCUAGCCAAGGAGUUAGCCAACAUGGAAGUACACGAGAUGGUUCUAACCAACAAGGUCCUAGCCAAGGAGUUAGCCAACAUGGAAGUACAUGAGAUGGUUCUAGCCAACCAGGACGUACCCGAGGGAGAGGUCGCCAACGAGGUAUGGCCGGUACUCAACCUCCGAAGGCGCCACCUAAGUGGGACGAUGAAGAGGAGAGGGACAAGGGUGAGAGGCCAGGGUGGUGGAAAGGCAGCUGAGAUGAAGGUGAAAGAGCAGGAAGCAAGGGAGAGGGAGAAGGAAAGAAUUAGGAAGCACAAUGAGGAAGUUCAAGAGGAUUCUCGAAUGAGAUUUGAGGCGCACAUGUACAGUUGGAACCGGGAAAUUUGGUUGAAGCAACAAGCUGAGCUUAGGAAGAAAGAACAAGUAAGGAAAUUAACUGAGUCAUGGGAAAGGGCUGAGAAAGAAGCCGCCAAGAUGAGGGAGAGGGAGGAGAAGGAAUGGAAGGAGAAGCUGGUUCGUGAGGCUAGUCGCGCAACAGCACUCGACGAGGAAGCAGAGCUGAAGGAGAGGAAGGGAAAUGGUCCUUGUUCGACCCAAUAG